AUGUCAGCCGGCGAAACCCUUUGGAGAGCGUUUCCUGAAGACCAACUUCUUUGGGUGGCAGGUGGCGAUGGCCUCGAAGAUGGCGCUUUAGCUGUUGCCGGCGAAUGUCGGAUCUCAUGCUGGCAGGUGCUAUGUUUGGAGCAAUUGGAGAUUGCAGCGAAUCUAAAGCUUGAACUGCCUUUUUUUGCCAAUGAACUCUUGGGAGCAGUUCAUCUCCAUGGACCUUUGGGUUUGGAAACCAUCAUGGACUUCUGCAACCACCUGCGGUCCAUUCUGGAGAAGGCCGAAGAGCAAAACGUGUGCCUCAGUUGCUCGCGGAGACCAGGAGCAGUGGCAAAUUCGCUGCUACUGCUGGGCGCAUUCUUGAUCCUCCAGAGGGGCUACACUGCUAACCAGGUGAUGCGCAUUGUGGAUACGUCCAGCCCAGCGAUUCCGCCCGUGGAACUGCGGUUUCCCACUCCGUUCUUGGCAACGCCAAAUUUCACGGCAGAUUCUCUGAUGCUUGCUGAUUGUCUCUUUGGUUUGGAAAUGGCGCUUUGUAAAGACUGGUUGCUUCAACAAAGUGAUGCAGAACGGCGGCAGAUUGCUCGGGCUUACGAUGCAAUACCUGUCUUCUCUCUACUGCUGAGCGCAGGUAAAGAGCGUAAAGAGGAAGAGAAAGACGAGAAGUCUGCCACAGUGCAGUUCUGGAUAGCUGCUGACCCUGUGACGACGGUCGAGGAUCCAUCCAAGCGGGAGGCGGACACCUUGAUUGACAGCCCGUGGGAUGAAUUCGAUCUCUCUCCCGGUGGCACCCGCACCUUCACCAGAGGAAUCACCGAGCCGUGUGGAGAUCACAUCCACAAGGCCCUUCGCUUGGUGAAGAGCUCAGAGCACAUUCACACGGUGGAUGAGGAUGGAGAUCAAUCAGCUACACCGAUGCACAACUACGCAGCGCGAUCGCCACCAAAAGCGCACUCUUUCAUCGCGCCGCUGCGGUCAAACAAAGCUGAACAUCUCCCGACCAAGGAGCAGAAGAAGAUUGAUCAGGCAUUGAAACGUCCAGCCAAUCUGACAACCUUUGCACAUUUCUUGAAGCAGAAAGUUUGCUGCUCACUGCUUGCCAGGGCCAAUUUCCCUGAUGAACGAGGCUUGCCAGAAGGCGGCUCCUAUGGAAGAUUCUUUGAGAGGUCAGGUGUCAGUCAGCUGGAUUUGCCUUUCCCUGACGGUUCUGCACCUCCGUUGUCGUUGGUCUCCAAAUUAAUUGCAGCUGUGGAGCAGCUGCUGCAAAGCAUAGUUCUCCCGAAGGAUGCAGCCAAGACAUCGGAAUCGCGAUCUCAGAUUCAUUCAGUCGUGGUGCACUGCAAAUCCGGUUUGGGGCGUUCCAUGUCGUUGCUAGCAGCCCUAGCAGUUGCUUUCAGCCCAGGCUUGACGGCUGGUGCCUUCUUUGGAUGGGCCCGGCUGGUGAGACCAGCCUGCCUGCAGACCCCGUCACAAGAGCGGUUUUUGAGAUCUCUAGAUGAGCCAAGGGUUGCUGAAUGCAACUGCUUGUUUGCCUGCUUUGGCAAGAAAAAGCAACUCCAGCCGUCUGCUUCCUCUACGCAUUCUCAAGGAUCGCGUGGUACUUCCCUUCGCUCGAACCGUUCGAGUUACUCCAACAUCAUCGUGUGA